CACCAACUCAGAUACCAGCGAGGGAUAACUGAAGUGAGGGAGCCUUCAUCUGAAAGAAUGUCUCUCUCUCUUUGUCUCCCCCUGUUGGCGGUGCUCCUGCAGCCCGCUCUUUGUCUUUACAACUGCUCCUCUGUGUACAACAGGAACCCAGACAAUUCUGAUAUGACAGUAGGCUGUGGCACCACUAUAAUAACCGUAGACGUCAACGCGUGCACGGCUCAGUGGGCAGGCUUCAACGCCUCAGAACUGGUGCUCGGCGGGAACCACGACCACACGGACUGCCUGGGUUCUAUCGACACCAGUUUGGACCCUCCAGUCGUCCGUUUCCACCUUCCUGUUAACAGCAGUCAAGAUAAUCCCUGUCACCAGUCUCUGCAGAUUGUGGACGAAGCCCCGGAUCCCACGGGUCCCUUCAGUAAUUUUCUAAGUAUCCAGUCAGUUGUAAUCACAGGGUACAUUCAAACGCUCCAAUCAGACGUAGGGAUCAUCAGCUACUCCACAGACCUCUACUACCAGUUCUCCUGCCGCUACCCCCUGGAAUAUCUCCUCAACAACACAAGGAUUGCUGCCUCCUCCAUCUCAGUGGCGACCACCACUAAUAAUGGAACCUUCAUUAACGCGCUAAGAAUGAGCAUUUUUAACGACUCUGACUAUAAGUAUCCAUUAGUCAUGCCUUCGAAAGGAAUCGAGCUGCGGACGAAGGUCUAUGUGGCGGUGAAGACUGUUAAUCUGACAGGAAAUUUCUACGUGCUGCUGGAUCGCUGCUUUGCAACUCCCUCUCCUUAUAACAGUUCCCAGACUGUAGCGUACACUUUCUUCACUGGAUGCACAGUAGACACAAAGACAGCUGUGACACUGAACGGCCUUUCCGCCACCGCUGAGUUCAACUUUGAAGCCUUCCGCUUCGUUCAAGACAGAGCCCAGGAGAUAUCCACCAUCUACCUGCACUGCAUGCUGAGACUCUGUGAGCCCAGCUCGUGCCAACAGCUGACGUCUGUUUGUAAAAACAAAAGAAAAAGGUCUUUGACUCCUUUUGGAGAACAAAGCAGUGACACGGCCACGAUCUCAGUCGGACCUCUUUACACUGCCGCAGAAGCCACAUCUGUCACAAGUGUACACAGCAGUAACUUGGCAUCAAGCACGGAUAAAUUUACCAUCACAGGCCUGCUGGUCGGGGUGGUGUCUGCAAGGCUGGUGAUUGGUUUUCCCUGAAGAAAAGUAUUACUGGGGGAGAUGAUCACUUGACUGAAUGGUUAAUGCUGCUUUUGCAAAUUUUCUCUAAAUAUCAAAGAACAUUUUCUCAGCAAUAACUCCCCACAAUCAAUCAAUGGA